AUGGUUCGCCUUGACUUUCCUACAACCAACAAUGAGGCGGAAUAUGAAGCACUAGUAGCAGGUUUAGAUCUCACCAAAGUAGUGGGAGCCGCGAGUGUGGUUAUUUAUUAUGACUCUCAGGUUGUCACGAACCAAGUAAACGGUGAUUACGAGUGUAAAAGCAAGAGGAUGAAGAAGUACUUAGAGCAAGCAAAGAAAAGGGUAGAUGACUUACAGGGCAAGAUUGUUCAAAUCCCCAGAGAAGAGAACGAGCAAGCCUACCGUCUUGCCAAGGCCGUGUCAGCAGAGCACAUGGUCAUUUCUGACAAGGUACUCUCCUUUAUUCAACUUUCGCCAUUGAUAGAAGUCAUCAAUAUGCAGGAAAUAGGUUCCAAGAGCCAUUGGACCACCCCUAUAGUCUCUUGUUUGAAAGACGGUGCAUUACCCAAUGGUAAGGAAGCCGCAAGGAAGCUGAAGGUUCAAGUAGCACGAUUCGUUCUAAUAAAGGACGUAUUGCACAAAAGAGGCUUCUCCCGCCCAUACCUAAGGUGUUUGAGUCCUGAGGAAGCAAAUUAUGUCAUGAGAGAAGUCCACGAAGGAAUCUGCGGGAACCACUCAAGAUCACGAUUAUUAGUACACAAACUGAUUCGGGCCGAAUACUACUGGCCCACCACACAGAAGGACACCCAAGCUUAUGUCAAAACCUGUGACAAGUGCCAAAGGUUCAACAAUGCCGUCAGACAGCCGUCGGAAGAAUUAACUCUAAUAACGACCCCGUGGCCAUUUGCUCAAUGGGGAUUAGACAUUAUAGGCCCAUUCCUAGUAGCGGCACGAUACGGGAUCCCUAGAGUCUUGGUCUCAGAUAACGGAAAGCAAUUCGACAACGACUCCUUCAAGGACUUUUGCUCGCAGUUGGGAAUUAAGAACCACUACUCCUCCCCUGCCCACCCUCAAGCCAAUGGGACAACAGCCCAAACACCUACUGGGGAAACAUUGUUUUGGUUAGCAUAUGGAAGCGAGGCAGUUAUUCCAGCAGAGGUCGGGCUCACAAGCUAUAGGGUGGAUUACCACAAUGAAGAGAAAAAUGAUGAAGCAAUGCGUCUACAGCUUGAUCUACUGGACAAAGUCAGGGCAACGGCAGAGCAGAGACUCGCACGAUACCAGGACCUCAUGGCCAAGCACUAUAACUCCUAG